AUGCCAGUUUAUCAAUCACUCUUCUUUAUUUUGCUUUACUUUGUUGAUCAUAUGCCAUCUGCAAAAAUUCGAAUAACUAACGGAGUCAUCGAAGGCCGAGAGCUGACAGCCACGUACUCAUUAUAUGGAAAUCAGACGAGUGUCGUGUUUUUGGGCAUUCCACAUAUUGAACCGCCAGUUGGAAAAUUGAGAUUCAGAAAACCGAAACCUUACAGAAAUACAUGGAAUAAUACUCUAGAAACAAAAGAAUUUAAGCCAACGUGUUUUAGAAAUUUUGUAGCAGCAGACGGAUCAACUUCAGAAGACUGUCUUUACAUCAACGUCUACUCAAAUAAAUAUUGCAUAGAAAACAAGAACUGUUCUGUAAUGGUUGUUGUGCCAAGUGGUUUAGUGCAAAGCCACGGUUCAUUUUUUAAUGAUACAAUCAUUAACAAUUUUGUUGGUCAAAACCGCAAUAUUGUGGUGGUUACUGUACCAUAUCGUCUUGGUAUAUUUGGAUCUCCUAACUUACCAGGAAACGUGAAAAAUAUUUUAGAGAAAAAUUUGAUGUUGUAUGAUGUUAUCGAAGGAUGUAAUUGGGUUGACCGAGAAAUUGGAAAUUUCGGAGGAGAUUCGAGUAAAAUUACUUAUUUCGGACAUCGUUCUGGUGCUACAAUUGGGGCAAUUUUGAGUCUUUUGCCGGAAUCAGAGAAUCUUUUUCAUCAAAUGAUUUUGAUGAGCACUCCGUUGUAUAUGCAAUCAAAAACGGCGAACUCUAAAUCUUUCCUGAAAGUUGUAAAACAAGUUGGAUGUGAUGAAAGUAUAGAAAACGUUGAUAUCAUUGAAUGUAUGAGAAAAGUACGUGCGGAAAAUUUUGUAGACACUCACAAUCAAUUGAAUGAGGAAAACGAAGAUUCAUUGAAUUUUGUUAUUGAUGGAGUGCUCUUGCGAGACGAACCUAGACGAAUCUUGGAAAGCGGAAAUUUUAAAAAGAUUCCACUUUUGAUAGGGACAGUUCCACAUGAAGUUCUCUAUACUCGAUAUAUGAUUGAUAAAGAAAAUGGAAUCAAAAUGAAAGAACUUUUGGAAUUGUGUGAAUUAUUUGGUUUUGUGGGAGCUUAUGAAAAACCGUAUGGUUUUGUUGAACAAUGUGUUGAAUUUUAUAUGAAAAACUCCACAACAGCGACUUUUCUUGAUGAUUAUAUAUUCCAUGUUCCAACUUCGUAUCUAGCAAGAAAACAUUCUUCUGAAAAGCCGGUAUAUUUGUACAGUUUCACUUAUCAGGAUAUUCAAUUGUCUAUGGAAAAAUCUUCAGAUUUUAUUUGUGAAUUAUGGUGCACCAUAUGGAGAUGAAUGGAGCAAAUUGAAUCCCAAAAUUAUGAAAUAUUACGAUAUAGAUUUUAAUGAUAAAUAUGAAAUGGCUGGGAUGAGAUAUGGAUUUCAUGAAAAAUCAUUCGAAUUCUGGGACGAUACGGCAAAAGAAUAUGGUGGAGUUUUUACUUUUAGUAAUGAUCAACCUAAAUCAUUCGACACGUUCCCUGUCUGGGAGUUUGCCAAAUUGAAGAAUUAUGUCAAAACUGGAAGUGGUGCUCACAAAAUUCCGAAGGAAAUUGAAAAGUUUAUAGCUCAUAAGAAAAACGAAUACGACGUACGCAUGAAGAAUUCAAUAUACCUACAAAAGAUUCAAAUGGAUCCAUCUGUUAUUCCUGUCAAUUAUUUUUUUUUAAUUGAGUGUAAUUAG